CUGCAGCGCGGAUUUCCACCACGUUCUAAUCCUCCUGCUAAGCAAACAUCCCAAAAGUAGAAGUCGCUGCAACAAACGCGUCGCACAGAAGAGAGGGAGUCCUGUCAGAGUAACCUUCGGUGAGUAAGCCGCUCUUUUAGCCCCCAAGUAAACUUAUUGCAGAAUUUUUCUCAGCAUGCUCUGAAUGGUAAAACAUCCACCAGCAUCUCUGCAGCUUUGGCACACCACCUAAUUCUACAAAUGGAAAUGGAGCAAAAACGGUAUUAGUGUCAUUGGAAAUCAGUUGCAAAUGCAAGACCAUAUCAUUAUUGACGUGUCUGGCACAGCAUUUGCCUUGAUUUGUCUUCCUGUGCCCUAACUGUCUAUUGACUUUAAAUCACUCCUGUGCUGUAUAUCACUAGGCAUAUAGGAAAGAACACAGUAUCUGAAUUCUGUAGGGUAGAGCUGACACACAGUCCCUGAUACUGCUGGGGAGAAAAAGGCCGAAUAAGUAAUACUAGAGCGCCUCCUGCUGUUGGACCGUGGAACAGCCUUGCAGAUCUGAAAAAAAACCCUCUACCUCCAAAGCAUUAGCAGCCAGUCACAUAAAAUCACACUAGCAUUUUCGACCUUUUGGCUUGCAAGAGGUUGUGAUUAUUAUUAUUAUUAUUUUCGUGCUACAACGGAGAAAUAUCUAAGGAUGUCACUAGUGGAAAAUGCUUUGGAUGGAUACACCAGCAGCUAAAUCUGCCACUGCUCAUCUCUAGGGAUUGAUUACAAGGAUAAUGAGUCGGAUUCCCCAGUACUAAUAUCUAGAUUUGAUUCACAAUCUUUAAUCCAAGAGUAUUUCUUCUUCUAUUUUUUUUUUUUAAUUCUGGAGUUUCUGUCUUCGCUUAAUGGGAGCUAAGGAAUCGAGAUAACCCCAUCGCUUUUUUUGGAUGCUGUUGGGGUGUUUUUGGACAUGUGCACACAAAUUUGGAGAAUACCUUUAGGCAGAACGGGAACAGUAUUCAAAGACUGGGAAGUACAAUAUUGAUGCAUUUGGAAUGAAAAUCAAAUCGUAGGAUGGAAAUAGUUUGGGAGGUGUUUUUAAUUCUCCAAGCCAAUCUCAUCGUUUGUGUGUCAGCUCAACAAAAUUCACCAAAAAUCCAUGAAGGUUGGUGGACAUAUAAGGAGGUUGUACAAGGCAGUUUUGUCCCAGUGCCUUCCUUUUGGGGAUUGGUAAAUUCAGCCUGGAAUCUCUGUGCUGUAGGGAAGAGGCAGUCUCCAGUCAACAUAGAAACCAGCCAUAUGAUUUUUGAUCCAUUCUUAGCGCCGCUACGUAUUAAUACUGGUGGGAGGAAGGUGAGUGGGACAAUGUACAAUACAGGAAGACAUGUAUCACUUAGGCUGGACAAGGAGCAUUUAGUAAAUAUAUCUGGUGGGUCAUUAACAUAUAGUCAUCGCUUAGAGGAGAUCCGGUUACAUUUUGGAAGUGAAGAUGGCCAAGGGUCAGAACACCUAUUGAAUGGACAAGCAUUUUCUGGAGAGGUCCAACUCAUUCAUUAUAAUCACGAGCUGUAUACAAACGUAACAGAAGCUGCAAAAAGUCCAAAUGGACUGGUUGUAAUAUCCAUAUUUAUAAAAGUAACAGAUUCAUCAAAUAUUUUCCUAAAACGUAUGCUAAACAGAGAUACCAUCACAAGAAUUACAUAUAAAAAUGAUGCAUAUUUACUACAAGGACUUAAUAUAGAAGAGAUUUAUCCAGAGACCUCAAGUUUCAUUACCUACGAUGGGUCAAUGACUAUUCCACCAUGUUAUGAGACUGCAAGCUGGAUUAUUAUGAACAAACCUAUCUACAUUACUCGAAUGCAGAUGCAUUCCUUAAGACUACUAAGCCAAAAUCAACCUUCCCAGAUAUUCUCAAGCAUGAGUGAUAACUUUCGACCAGUCCAGUCAUUAAACAACCGCUGCAUCCGCACGAACAUCAACUUUAGAUUACAAGGGAAAGACUGUCCGAACAACAGAGCACAAAAACUACAAUAUAAAGUGAAUGAAUGGCUCCUUAAGUAACCAAAAAGAAAAACAGCAUGUAAUUGAAUAUGUGAAUUGAUGUACCAGGAACACAUCAAACUUCAUUCACCUUUUGGAUAUGUAUUUCAUAUGGAACUCAUUGUGUGCACAGUGCUGCUAAGAGCAACAGAAACAAAGACUCUUGAAAAUCACAUGAAACUCUGCAAACACAGUAUGCCAUGGAAGACUUUUUAGCCUAUGUAUAUAUGGCAUUCUGACACUUUGACGAGUGGAUUUAUGAUUUCAUUUUAGGACAUUUCGGGGAGUUUUUCCUAAUAUGAAAGCGAAGAACUUCAAUGUAUGAAUAGGCUACUGUUCUGUUUACUACAUGAAACAAGAUGUUGAACAAUAUAUGUAUUAUAUAUAUAUUAAUACUAAAGAAUAUAAUUACAUAAUUACUUUAUUCUCCAAUAGUUUCCUAAAUGAAUGCUGAUUUCUGGUUUUGCUUAAAAAUCUCAUCCAUGUCAUAUUCAUUUUUUUAAAUUUCAAUUUAGUACUUGUUUAGGCAUGUUUUCAUUUGCGAUUUUUUUUUUGUCCAUACAUUUUUUUUUUUUAAAUAAAUGUCUUAUUUUGUAACUUAUUAGUUUAGUCCACAAUAUCUCUGGCUCAACGAUCAUUUUUAAUUUUUUCAAUUGCUAUUUUUUUUUAAUGACAAACUAAAGGAGAGGAUUUAACCAAUCUCAUUUAUAUCUCUAUCUUAUUGAAUGUUAACUUCAUUUUGUUUAAACAGAACUGGAAGUAAACAUUUUCAAUUUUUAAUGACAGAUCAUUGAUUGUAUUUGGUUACUGUCGGCAUCUCAAUAAAUGUUAUUAAAA